AUGAGUGCGAGGACUGGGACAGGAUCUCGAGGGCGGCCGCCGCCGCGCCGGGAUGUGCUGGCCUCCAUCAAGAUGGCUUCCAUGGAGGAGAUCUCAAGGGCGGCUCUCCCUGCAGAGAUCAUGACCUUGAUUCUUGACUACCUCUCCCCCGUCGACCUUAUCCGAGUUGCUCGAUCGUCACGGCUCCUACGGGAAAUGGCAUAUGAUGACACGCGAUGGGUUCAGAAGCUGAAAAUCAUGGGAUGUUGGGAUGAAUUAGAAGCAAGGAAAAACUUCGAGAGUGCUCAUGGGACGAUUGCCAGCGUGAGAAGCGUCGAUCAGCCACCCGUCUCCGCAACUCGGAAUGCACCGGAUUCGUUGUCAGAGUUGAAAUCGCUGUCAGACGGGUUUGACAGCAUCAAUCUGUCGACUGCCGCGCCAGAUUCGAGCCCAGACAACAGGGGCAGCGACCCAGCCCUGGUAGCGCUGAAGCAGGCAAAGUCGAUACGCGGACAAGCUCGGUCCGAGUAUGGGAAGAUCCAUUCUGCACUCUCGUCGUUCUACGAGGCCAUUGUGAAUUCCGAAGCAUCACCGGACAAUCUGGUUACCCAGAAAUACUCGGACCCGCAUCAGCAAGCCCAAAUCUUGUCUCAGUUGCAGGCGUUCGCGAAAUGUGACCAGACUGAGGGAUGGAGAGCUCGCGUGGAUCAACUCGAAAAGGUCAUAUCGAUGUUUGAAACAGCAGCCCUGAAGGAGUUCCGGCAAGGCUAUGACACGGACGAUAUCAACGGCUCUAUGCGGACCUAUGCCCAUAUCCUCUGGACUUUGAACGGGGCUGCAUCCGCAGUUCAGCUUUUCGUUCAGCAUAACCAUCUGGUCACUAGGAAAUCGGACUUUGGCCAGGUUGCAGACUGCAUCGAUGAGACGACCGGGGCGAUUAAACUUGAGCAUACCCAGGCUUUCUUUACUCGCCUGAGCGUAGCCUACAACGAAGAAAUCUCAAUCAUCAACCAAGCCUUUCCUCCACAGGCGAAUGUCGCAAACUCUUUCCUGGAUAAAGUCGGGCAAGAUGUUCUCUAUCCGUUUCUUACGGGUAUUUUCGAUGUACUUCACCGCACAGACCUCGAGUCAUAUCUCAAGGCAGUUUCCGGUACAUUUGUUCAAUGCUUGCAUCUGUCCGAGACUCUGCUUCCGAUACAGAGUUCUGGAGAUGAUUCAAAGAAGAUAUUGGACAGUUUCAUCGCCAACGUCUUUGAGCCGCAUAUCGAUACGUACCUUGCCGAAGAAGUCGACUACUUCAAAAAAGGCUCCGAAGCUGCAGUCAAUGAGUGGGAUCGACAGCUGUCGGAGCAGGCAGCCUCGGCAGAGUCUUUCUUGAUGUCGAACAUCAACCGCCAAGCCGACAAACGAGACUUCCUGACGUCCUUCAAGAAGGUCAUUAUGAUGCCUGUUGCGAUCCUUCCAAGUUUCGGUAGAUCUGGCGAUGGCAAAUCUGAUCAGGACAGCCCGAGCGAGACCCAGAAUCCACUGAAGAGCUCCAACCGCUUCUCCACCAUCUCCUCAUCCCCUGUUCCGUUGAACAUGGAGGAAUUGCCAACGACCGAACUUGCAGCAAAGGCUGCCCUAAUGAAAUCGAAAAUGGAGGGUAUUCGCUCUCUUUUCAGCAUUGAAGUUGCAUUGGGCCUCGUCCACUCUGCCAAGUCCAGUCUCGAACGAGCAGCUCAAUUCAGGAAGAUCGGGGGCAACACCGCUACCGUUGUCAGAGAGCAAUGCCAAGGGAUAUUUAUUGCGUUGCUGCGCAUCCUGGGUCAUCGCCAUGUUAUCAUCGGCUUCGACAAGGCCGUGGACCAUCUUUCUAAUUACCGGCCCCGCGAGCAAGGCGAUCGAGAGCAAUCGGAAGUGGAGCCCCUGGUCACGUUUCUGGAGUUGGUGAACGUCGGCGACCUGAUCCUUCAGAUGAUGGACGUUUUCUACGAGCAGGAGCUGGUCGGAUCGAAGCUCACGGACCGAAACGACUUUCUCGACCCCGCAGUCAAGGAAAAGAAGAAGUUUGAGCAGGCUCUGGACGAGCGCGUGGCCGCCGGUCUCAGCAAAGGUAUAGACGUCCUGAUGGAGGAGGUCGAUUAUAUUCUAGCCACUAGACAGCUGGCCACGGAUUUCAAUCCUGCUAUGUCCGACGAUCCUCACCGUGUCACCAUGGAUGUAGGGGUGAGCGAAACCGCUACGGCGGUGGUUGAUGUUGUGUCUUCACAUACGCAGAUGCUCGUGGGGAGUACGGACAAGAGCACCUUGGACGUGUUUAAUCAAGAAGUCGGUCUACGCCUCUUCACUGCGUUGUGUAAGCAUUUGAAGCGACAGCGGAUAAGCGUGGAGGGCUCCCUCAAGCUUAUCAGCGACAUGAACCACUACUUCAAAUUCAUCCAAACGUUGAAGAACAGCGACCUUCUUCUUUACUUCAAAGCUUUCCGAGAACUAGCGCAGAUUUAUCUGAUUGAUCCGUCCGAUGCGAAGGAACUCGCUGCGAUCAUCGCCGACGCGGAUCGCUUCCAUGGCAUCUGGCGUGCCGAAGAGGUCUACGAAUUCGCCGAGCGACGCGCAGACUGGUACCAGGUGAAACGAGAUGUGGAACGAGCGAUGUAUGGCAUUGGCUGUAGCGUUAUCAUCCGAUCUCGAAGCAAUCCAACUUCUUUCGAAGCAAUAAUUAGCCUAGCUCAAAGAAAAAUAUAUAUGCAUCGACCGGAUUUACAACCAGGGGCUUUGCAAAGCACAACACUACAAGAUGUGACCUUGAAUGAGGAGAGCAUCUGUACCAUUUAUAUAUCUACGACUAUCUCUAUCAUGAUACUGAAUGAAUAUACACUCUUGGUCCUCCUUUCUACCAUCGCAACAGCCUCUGCACAAACCACCACAACCACCACCGUCGAGCCAACCACCACGGCACCCCCCUCGUACACCUCCACCGCGGACUUUGAAUCCACCAUCCUCCAAGUCAGCAACGAGUACCGCCGCCAACACAACGCAAGUGCCCUGAUCUGGAACGGGUUGCUCGCAGCGUAUGCACUGGACUGGGCACAGAAAUGUCAAUGGGAGCAUUCAUAUGGACCGUACGGCGAAAAUCUGGCAACAGGAUACCCCAACGUGACGGCUGCUGUGUGCGCCUGGGGCGACGAAGGAGAGGAAUACAUCUAUCACCCGCCGACGGGGUUCACGGAGGCAACCGGCCAUUUCACCCAGUUGGUCUGGAGGGCGACCAUGGAGGUAGGUUGUGCGGCUGUGAACUGCGGAUAUAACACGACUGCUUCUUCUGAUGGGGCGGAUGGCUGGUACGUUGUCUGUGAGUAUGUUCCCAUGGGGAAUGUCGAGGGGAGGGAUAACGCGUUCUUCAAGAAGAACGUGCUUCCGUAUGCGAGGGGAUUGAAGAGCGGCGCGGGCAGGUAUGCUUGUAGAGGGAGUUUGGUCGUAGCACUGGUCGUAGCACUGGCAUUGGCACUGGCACUGGUAUUGGGGGGUUUGUCUUAA